GCAUGUAGCAGCCAGCACGGUAUCAAACAACACGUCCAGCACAGCAGGAAGAGCUAGUGCGAUACUAGUAUUCUCACCUGUUGAGUGUUCAGUAGAUCCAAAAGUCCACCGGGAUUAACAGCUGUGAGGUGAAACCCCGUGGACUACAUACAGCUGUUUAUACAUCUGGAAUCACAACGAAGUCAAUGAGAAUGAGCAAGAAGGCCACUGGAGCGCAGACCAUCUGUGAAGAGGAUGAGGAGGGAAGGGGGUCAGAGGAUGAGGAGUCCAGAGCCUGCGGUGUGUGUGGAGAUCUGGCCAAAGGUUACCACUUCAAUGCCUUGACAUGCGAAGGCUGCAAGGGCUUCUUCAGACGUGCCAUAAAGAGGUCAACGCAGCUCCACUGUCCAUUCCUGAAUAAAUGCAUUAUAACCAAAAACAACCGCCGGUCAUGUCAAGCCUGUCGCUUUCGUAAAUGCCAGGCCAUAGGCAUGCGCAAAGAGAUGGUCAUGUCGGAGAAGGAGGUAUUGGAGAGGAGGAUCCGAAUCAAGAAGAAAAAGAUGCUUGAUGCUCCAAUACAGCUUUCAUCCCAGCAGAAAGAAAUCAUUCAGGAGCUAGUCUGUGGCCACCGCAGCACAUUUGACUCAGCUUUUUCCAGCUUCAGUGGCUUUAGGCCUAUGGACAGAAUCCUCCUUUCUAUGAGUGAGUACAACAGGCCUACAAGUGAGCCCUUUAAUCCACUGACCAACUGCCCUACAAACACCUGCACUAAAGCUAGAAAAUCUGCCACAAACCCCAGAACAUCCUCAUAUGCCAACGCCCUCUCCUCCUCCUCCAGUCUCAGUGGUUCCUUUGAAAAACCAGGGAACCAAGAAGGAGAAGAGGUUAGCAAAAGCAGUGUUUUUACUGCUCUUCCACACAUGACUGACCUCACCACUUACAUGAUCCAGGACAUCAUUAGUUUCUCCAAAAGUCUACAGGACUUUCGGUCUCUAACAAUGGGGGACCAAAUUGCUCUGUUGAAGGGGGCCACAUUUGAAAUAAUGCAGAUCCGCUUCAACAUGGUGUUCAACGCAAAAACAAGUAUCUGGGAAUGUGGCCAAAUAACAUACUGCAUAGAUGACGCUGUACGAGCAGGUUUCCAGCCGCUCCUACUGGAGCCUUUGUUAAAAUUUCACCACACACUACGCAAACUGGGCCUGCAGGAGGAAGAGUAUGUUCUCAUGCAAGCCAUGUCCCUGUUUUCUCCAGGUAGCAGCAGGUCUUCAUCAGUUCAUCCCAGUCCUUUCUCAUCAAUCAUUUAUAAACCCUAUCGUCCAGGUGUGCUGCAGCACAGUGUGAUCGACGAGCUUCAUGAAAACUUGGCACUGACACUAAAGACCUGGAUUGACUGCAAGAGAAAAGGCCCAGAAAAACACUUGCUGUACCCCAAAGUGAUGGCCUGUCUCACAGAGAUGAGAACAAUGACUGAGGAGUACAGCAAACAGGUUCUGCAGAUCCAGGACAUCCAGCCUGACGAUAUCUCUCCUCUCAUAUUGGAGGUGGUCAGUAAAAACCCCUGUAAUGACUUUUAAUACAGACGCCUACUGUACAUGGACAGCUGAAGCACUCUGGGCUCACUUCUGUUAUUUAAUAAUGGAGACCCCAAACUGAAAAGUUAUACAAGCUGAAUGUGCUCCUUGAUUUAAAGCUAAGUAUUCUGUUAUUGUACAAAAGUGUCAAAAUACUAAAGAACGCAUUUCUGUCAUGCAACAGUCUUAAGCGUAGAAUGCAUGUUAACAUCACAGACUUGAGUCAAGUCUCAUCUUUCCUCUCCACACUACUCAAAAGUCAAGCAGCAUCAAGUUUUACGGUUUGUUUUGUUAACUGGUUACACAUUUGCUGGAUUAUAGUGAGUUUGUCACUUCUGUGUUAAUUGUUUUGCUUAUAGCGAAUACAUAUUGUGUGUCUAUGAACGAUUGUUGACCUAAAAGUUGAGAGGUUUAAUGUUUUUUGUUGCACAGAAUUGUCAGAGACCAUGAAGUGUCAGAAAAUGGAAAGAGCUGUAAUUGCAAAGACAAUCUCUACUUUUUACAUUUGUUACCUCAGUUUGUGUUUAGUUUUGUGUUUGGACCAUGUAAAUCAAAAAUGCUCUAUACUUAUGUUA